AUGGGAAUGGUAGAUGACGCGGCACUUCAGAGCCAGGAAGAGGCGGCCGAACUUCGUAGCCUGAUUGAAACGUUAAUUCCGGAAGGACGCGCAAAUCUCGAAAACAGCUGUGCUAACUUGGAACGGGUUGCCGCCUACUGUGAAGCGAACUAUGCGCAGGCGCACGAUAAAAAAGCGGCGUUGGAGGAGACGAGGCGAUACACAGUGCAAAGUCUUGCCAGUGUCGCGUAUCAGGUGAACACACUGGCACAUGCUCUGUUGCAUACACUGGACUUGCAAGGUGAUAAAAUCAGUAACAUGGCAUCACAGGUAUCACUCCUUUUCGUUACGUACAUGUAUGUUGCUUAG